AUGGCCUUACCAAAGCCGGAAAGGGCUUUGUCGGCCCUCACCCAACAGUUGCUAGAGCUUGCCACCAUAGUAAAAGGAAAAAAAGGAAAGGGAGUCACGACGCACGCCUUUGUCUCUCUCACGGCGACGUCCCCCUCUCCCUUCCGGCUUCCUCCCCCAUCUCGAGAUCUCCCUCCUCCUGUGAUUAUCGUCGGCUGCAGACGGCUAGGUUGGAUUCUUCUUUGCGCUGCCACACCCACCUCUACCGACGCGAGCUUGUGUCCUGCAGCGAUGAAGGCAAUAUCGAACGGGGUGUUCCCCGGUGACAACCCCCUGUACUACGCGCUCCCGCUCGUCAUACUGCAGUUAUGCCUCGUCGUUUUGGUCACUCGCCUCCUGGAUUUCCUUCUCAGGCCGCGCAGGCAACCUCGCGUCAUUGCUGAGAUUGUGAAAUCUCCUCAAGGACCACAAAAAGAAGUCGUCGGCGACAUCAAUCUCUGUUAUCAGAUGGGGGACGAAGGGGCCGACUCAGGGACUGCGACAUGUGGCGACUUCGACGUGUUCUUGAGCUUUCGAGGACCCGACACUCGCGACACAUUCACAGAUUGCCUUUACGAGUACAUGAACCGCACAGGAAUCCGCAUUUUUAGGGACGAGGAAGCGCUAGGUCCGGGCAAAAAUAUCUCGGAGAUCUUGGGAGCAGUAAAAUGCUCCCAAAUAUACAUUAUAGUUUUCUCCCAAGGCUACGCCUCGAGUCGGUGGUGCCUCCGAGAGCUGACAUGCAUGGUGGAGUGCACUCGCCAAUCCACGGGGAAAGAGAUACUACCAAUCUUUUUCGACGUGGAACCCUUUGAUGUUAAGCUUGAAACGGAGAUGUACAAUAGCGCCCUAAACAAGCAUGAGAAGGAACUUGGCUGCGCUGAAGUGCAGCCUUGGAAGGAGGCUUUGACCACGGUGGCUAGAACCAGGGGAUGGUGUGUGAAAGGUCGAAGGCAUGGCAAGGUCAUUGCAGACAUCACUGAAACGGUCUUGCAGAAGAUCACAAUAAGGAAAAGGUAUUUGCCCACCGAUCUGGUUGGAAUUGAUGAUCAUGUAGAAGCCAUAAAGAAACUGUUAAGUUGUGAUACUGGUGGCGUACGAUUUGUCAUUAUCCAUGGGAUAGGUGGCAUUGGAAAGACAACUCUUGCCGAAACAGUGUACAACCAACUCUUUCCUCAAUUUGAAGGUCACUCCUUCCUUUCGAACAUCCACGAGUCAUCUUCAUGCCACGGCAUUCUAAAAAUGCAAAGAAAAUUAGUGGAGGAUCUUUUCGGUUUCUUGCUUCAUGAAACCAUCGACCCUAAGGAAGGAAAUAAUAUGAUCAAAGAAAUAUUACCUAAGAAGCGUGUCUUACUUGUUUUGGAUGACAUGGGUGAAAAAGAUCAAUUUAUGAAUCUGGCGAUGAAUUCUUACUCGUAUGGUCCGGGGAGUAGGAUCAUCAUUACGACAAGAGAUUUUCCUAUGACCAAUGUCGAUGGAUUGGAAGAAAAUAUUUUGUCCCGGUCUGGACAUAUUUUUCCGUACGAAAUGAAGGAAAUGCAUUUUGAUCAUGCUCUUCUACUUUUCAACAAGCUUGCUUUCAACACGGACUCUGCUCCUUGUGAUCUUUAUGAUCUUUCAAGACAAGUUGUUGAACUCACCGGAGGACUUCCAUUGGCAGUUGAGGUGAUAGGUUCACAUCUUCGCACCAUAAGCAAGGCAAAGUGGAAAACCACAUUGAAGAAGUUGAAGGAAGUGCCUCACGAAAAGGUCCGACAGAGGUUACAAAUUAGUUAUGAUGCACUUGGAUGUGAGGGGCAACAAAUUUUUCUGGACAUUGGAUGUUUCUUUGUUAACAAGAAAAAGGCUAAUGCAAUGCAUAUGUGGGAAGCUUGUGACUUUUACCCGGAAGUGGAAAUUGACAUCCUUAUCCGUAAGUCCUUGAUCAAGAUUGAUAAUGAUAGGAUAUUGAUGCAUGGUCAGUUAAUGGAUCUUGCGAGGGAGAUUAUUCGUCAAGAGAAUAUAAGAAACUGUGGAGAUCGUAGCAGAUUAUGGUUUCUCGAGAUGUUCCAAGCGCAAAAGGGAACGAAAAAUGCGGUAGCACUCACACCAAGGAGAUCGAGACACAAUUUCACACGCGAAGAUUUUGCGAAUUUCACGAAGGCAAGGUUUCUCAGAUUGGAUGGAGGGAACUUUACCGAUGACUGUGAAGAUGUUUUGCCGGAGCUAAGAUGGCUUUCUUGGCAAAAUUGUCCUUCGAAACUUCAAGCGAACAACUUGGUGCUGAAUCGCCUAGUUGUUCUCAAGCUUUCAGGCAAUAUCACCACAGAAGAAUGGAGCGGAUGGGUCAAAAUUAUGGUGGCUAGCAAACUGAAAGUUUUGAAAAUCGCGGGAUCUAAAUCCUUAAUCAGAACGCCUUGCUUCUCUGAAUUUAUGAGUUUAGAGAGAUUGGUACUGAAAGAUUUCCUGAGGUUGGCCGAAAUUGAUAGCUCGAUCGGUGAACUAAGGCAGUUGAAUUACUUGAAAAUCAAAUGGUGUCCCCGGCUUAGAGAGUUGCCUAAGGAAAUUGGUUGUCUAACUGCCCUGAAAGAGCUCAUCUUGAUCCAGGGUCAUAGUGUUAGUGAUUUGCCGGACUCGAUAGGUAAUAUAAGAGGUUUGUCAAGGCUAGUGAUGGAGGAUACAGGAUUAGUUGAACUUCCAGACACAAUUAAAGGGCUGGUGGAUCUUAAGCACUUGUGUUUGGUGAAUUGUACGAAUCUAAAUUCGCUGCCGGAUGCGGUUGGGGAGCUGAAGUCGUUGACUGAGUUGGAUCUAUCUGGGACAACUGUUGGGAAUCUGCCUCGUUUUAUUUGGGAGCUUGAAAAUUUGACAGUACGGAUGAACAGUUUUGGGAUAAGAGCACCGCUGAUGAGGGAUUUGCCUAUGCAGGGUCUUAGUGUUCGUCAUUCGCCAGACUCGAUCGGCAAUCUAAGAAGUUGGCUAAGGCUAUCAAUGGACGAUAGAGGAUCAGAUGGAUUUCUGGAGACAAUCAAUGGGCUUGGGGAUCAUGAAUACUUGUCUUUGUUGGACUUUGCGAAUCCAAGUUCGCUGUCGGAUGCUGCUGGGGAGUUAAGGACAUCGACUGAGUUGUAUCUAUCUGGGACAGCUAUCUGGGAACAGGAAAUGGAGGAAAUGCAUUUUGAUCAUGCUUUGCAACUUUUCAGCGAGCAUGCUUUCCUCACAGAUUCGGCUCCUUGUGAUCUUUACGAUCUUUCAAGACAAGUUGUUGAACGCAACGGAAGCCUCGGAGACUGGCUCUGCAGCAGCAACAGGGCGAAGCAGUUGCCUCGGCGAGUCCGACAACGCAUCGCCACGGAGCUCUGCUCUGCCCUAGCCUUCCUCCACUCUUGCAAGCCUCACAGCAUCGUCCACGGGGACCUCAAACCGGUGAACAUCCUAUUAGAUGCGCACCCCGUGAGCAACAGCACCCCCGUACUGUGCCCAACCGACCCGAUAGGGACGUUUGGGUACAUGGACCCUGAGUUCCUCAUUACUCGAGAGCUCACCACAAAGCUUGACGUUUAUUCUUUCGGGAUUAUACUGCUUGAGUUAUUGACGAGGAGGCCCACCUUAGGAAUAGCCAACGUAGUCCAAAGGGCGAUCAGUGCAGGGACUUUAGAGGCCAUGUUGGAUCCAUUGGCUGGACGGCGGCCCUAUAUGCUGGCCGAGGAGUUGACUCAUUUGGCUUUGAGGUGCGGGGCGAUGAGCAGAAGGAAUUGGCUGGAUCUCUGGCGUGUGGAAAGUGAUCCAAUCGAUCGGAGCAUUCAAAGGGUCUCGACAAAACUGGAGACGCCAGUUCUGGAAGGCAUGAUUUAUGUCGCAGUUGGGAAGGAUAUGAAAGAGGACAAAGCGAAGCUUGCUUGGGCGGUGCAUCAAUCAGGAGGCAAAGUCAAGAUCUGUAUCAUUCAUGUUCUAGUCCCUUCACAGACGAUCCCCAUGGGAGGCCUGGACGAGAUAAUGCCGAGAGAACACAGAGAAAACGAGAGGAUGAACAUGCAUAAGAUCACGGAUACCUACCUGCGUUUUUGUCAGAAAAUGGGGGCACCGGUAGAAAAAGAGUACGUAGAAUCGAACAUCAUCCAUACGGGAAUUGGGGAGCCCAUACGUUUGCAUGGGAUCAGAAAGCUUGUAAUUGAUGCAACAGCAGCCAGACGCUAUUUCAAGAAAAUAGAAAUCAAGUCCAGAAAAGCCGUCUUCGUUCGCGAUAAAGCUCACGUCUCUUAUCCAAUUUGGUUUAUCUACGACAGGCACCUCAUUCGCCCAAGGUCAUCCUCCAACCUUUUAACUUUUGAAUUUGUCUCCUUCGAACCUAGGGAUCUGCCACCGCUGACAACUUCUACCCUCGGAGCCGGAAACUCAAUCCUCUCCCAAUCUGAAUCCGCCACACUACAGAGAAGUGGUACGGCGAAGUUGAGCAAUCCAUUUCAAGACAUUCUGAAAAGAGCUUUCUCUUCAGCCGACAGACGUGCGGCGAUGCCAAUUGCUUCGCCUUCCCCAGAUAGCACUCCUUCAGUGCAGCCCAGUGCGGCGAGCAUGGUGAAGAGACAAGUAACUUUCCAAGAAAUCGGACAGUUUUCAAGGAGUCCUGCCCAUCAUCCGCACUCGAUUCAGUCAGACGAUCAUAUCGGCUCAUUACUUUUUAACACUCUGGUAUGCACAAAAUAAGACAAGGGGAGGCCAUAUAAAAGAUGUUUUGUUGACCUGUGGCAGAAAAAAUUGGAGGAAGAACUUGAGAAGGCGAAGGAUCAGCUAGAUACAGUGAUGGAAAAACUUCGCGUUGCCCAAGCCCAGAGCAGAAAGGAGUUGGAGCUGAAAAUUAUUGAGGCCAAUGAAAUGUCACGGACUUUGAGACAAGAGCGAGAGCUGCUGCAGAUCGACUUCGAGAACGCGCUCCAGAAGGCCAAGGAGGUGAGCAGAAGAAAAGGAGAUUCCUCCCGCAUUGAGUACUUGUCCGAGUUCUCCAUGACCGAAAUCUGGGAUGCUGCGCAGAACUUCGAUCCGUCCUUGAAGAUCAGAGAAGGCAGUUAUGGGAGCGUGUAUAGAGGUUUCCUUCGACAUACACCGGUGGCCAUAAAGAUCAUGAAAUUUCCUAGCAUGCAAGGUUCACAAGAAUUUAGACAGGAGGUGGAUACGUUAAGCAAGGUAAGGCAUCCUAAUCUCAUCACGCCCAUCGGUGCUUGUCCCGAUCCCUGCACUCUUGUUUACGAACAUAUUCCAAACGGAAGCCUCGGAGACUGGCUCCGCAGCAGCAACAGGGUGAAGCAGUCGCCUUGGCAAGUCCAAAUGCGCACCGCCAUGGAGUUCUGCUCCGUCCUAGCCUUCCUCCACUCUUGCACGCCUCACAGCAUCGUCCACAGGGACGUCAAACCGGGGAACAUCCUACUGGAUGCGCACCCCGCGAGCAAGCUCAGUGAUUUUGGCAUCUGCCGGCUGCUGUCCCGCGGCAAGCGGUCGACCAACAGCACCACCGUAGGGUCGUUUGGGUACAUGGACCCUGAGUUCCUUGUCACGCGAGAGCUCACCACAAAGUCUGACGUUUACUCUUUCGGGAUUAUACUGCUUGAGUUAUUGACGAGGAGGCCCGCCUUAGGAAUAGCCAACGUAGUGCAAAGGGCAAUCAGUGCAGGGACUUCGGAGGCCAUGUUGGAUCCAUUGGCUGGAGAGUGGCCCUAUAAGCUGGCUGAGGAGUUGACUCGUUUGGCUUUGCGGUGCUGCGAGAUGAGCAGAAUGAAUAGGCUGGAUCUCCGGUCAGACGUGUGGACAGUGCUCCAAUCGAUCGGAGCUUCCUGUCGAUAAAUCCAGACUUCCGACUGCUCAAGAAGAGAUAAACAUGAUAUAGAUGAGCAUUGCUCGGUUUCUGUGCAUAUGUACUUAGAUCUUUUGCUACAUCAUUUAUUAAGCUGUCUUGUU